AUGAAGAAGCAAGUCUUUUCUAAAGCCCACGAUGUUAUCGCGCCAGGGAAUGGCGCCACAGUCCACGAAAGGAGGGGGGGGCUUGAGGAGGACGGGAGGAGGAGGAACCCAAGAGGAACCCACUGGGAGAGCCUGGAGGAGGUGAGGGAUGGGAGCGGUGGGUGGCAUUCCUGCACUGCGCCUGCGGCCGCGUCCAGGUACCGUACGGAUAGUCUGAAAUAG